AUGCCGUCCUACACCGUCACCGUGGCUACGGGCAGCCAGUGGUUCGCGGGCACCGACGACUACGUGUACCUGAGCCUGGAGGGCACCGCGGGCUGCAGCGAGAGGCACCUCCUGGACAAACCCUUCUACAACGACUUCGAGCGCGGCGCGGUUGACUCCUACGAUGUGACGGUGGAAGAAGACCUUGGAGAAAUUCAGCUAAUAAAAAUUGAGAAACGAAAAUAUUGGUAUCAAGAUGACUGGUACCUUAAGCACAUCACUGUAAAAACACCACUGGGUGAUUAUCUGGAAUUCCCAUGUUACCGCUGGAUUACAGAUGAAAAAGAGGUUGUCCUUCGAGAUGGAAGAGCAAAGCUCCCCCGGGAUGACAAGACCCAGAUACUGAAGCAGCACAGACGCAAAGAGCUUGAGAAUCGUCAAAAAAUGUACCGCUGGAAGGAGUGGCAUCCUGGCUUUCCAUUGAGCAUUGAUGCCCAUUGUCACAGUGAACUGCCUCGUGACAUCCAGUUUGACAAUGAGAAAGGAAUUGACUUCAUCCUGAACUACUCUAAAGCGAUGGAGAAUCUCUAUGUCAACCGUUUUAUGCACAUGUUCCAGUCUUCCUGGAGUGACUUCGCAGAUUUUGAGAAGAUCUUUGUGAGAAUCAGUAACACAAUCUCUGAAUAUGUGAUGCAGCACUGGAAAGAAGAUUUUAUGUUUGGCUACCAGUUCCUAAAUGGCUGCAAUCCUGUGCUUAUCCGGAGAUGCACAGAGAUUCCCAAGAAGUUGCCAGUGACCAUGGAGAUGGUAGAAUGCAGCUUGGAGAGGAACCUGACCCUGGAGGAAGAAGUGAAGCAAGGAAACAUUUUCAUUGUGGACUAUGAACUGCUGGAUGGCGUGGAUGCCAAUAAGACAGAUCCAUGCACGAUACAGUACUUGGCUGCACCCAUCUGUUUGCUGUACAAGAAUCUGGAGAAUAAAAUUGUACCCAUUGCAAUCCAGCUUGGUCAAAAGCCUGGGCCAGAAAAUCCCAUAUUCCUUCCUUCAGAUGCCACCUAUGACUGGCUGCUGGCCAAAAUUUGGGUUCGCUCUUCUGAUUUCCACAUCCACCAGACGGUGACCCAUCUCUUACGGACACACCUAGUCUCAGAGGUGUUCAGCAUAGCCAUGUUCCGGCAGCUGCCUGCCGUACAUCCCCUCUUCAAGCUGUUAGUGCCACACAUGCGGUUCACAAUAGCGAUCAACACCAAAGCCCGAGAACAGCUCAUCUGUGAAUGCGGCCUUUUUGACAAGGCAAAUGCUACAGGUGGAGGAGGACACGUACAAAUGGUUCAGAAAGCAAUGAAAGAUCUGACUUACAGCUCACUCUGCUUCCCUGAGGAUAUCAAAGCUAAGGGGAUGGACAGCAAAGAGGACAUCCCCUACUACUAUUACCGAGAUGACGGCAUUAAAGUCUGGGAGGCUAUAAAGAGUUUUGCAGAGGAUGUGAUUCAAAUCUACUACGAGAGUGAUGAGGUGGUGUGUGAAGAUGUGGAACUCCAGGCCUUCGUCAAAGACAUUUACAUGUACGGGAUGAGGGGUGUGAAGGCCUCAGGGUUUCCUAAGGUGAUCAAGACACGAGAGAAACUAGCAGAAUAUCUCACAGUGAUAAUAUUCACCACGUCAGCCCAGCAUGCAGCUGUGAAUUUUGGUCAGUAUGACUGGUGUUCCUGGAUUCCCAAUGCCCCACCAACCAUGCGCUGCCCUCCUCCGACAGAAAAGGGGACAGUCACCAUCGAGCAGAUUGUGGAGAGUCUGCCAGACAGAGGGCGUUCCUGUUGGCACCUGGGAGCUGUCUGGGCCUUGAGCCAGUUCCAGGACAACGAACUGUUUCUGGGCGUGUACCCGGAUGAACAUUUCGUGGAGAAGCCAGUGAAAGAGGCUAUGGCAAAAUUCCGCAAGAAUCUGGAUGAGAUCGUCAGCGCCAUCACCGAGCGCAACAAGAACAAAAAGCUGCCUUACUACUACCUGUCCCCAAAUCGCAUUCCCAACAGCGUUGCUGUUUGAGCAACAAGGAGAGCUCAGAGGAGUAUAAAACCAGUGAAUGUUUUCCUGUUACAUAUAGUUGUUAUUAGUGACCUUUCAGAAAUCAGUAAAAUAACAAACACGCUCUCUCCAUCAGAGCUGACCCAUAGUCUGUUUUGGCUUCCAAAGCAAAUUUAACUAUGACAAAUCUUGCACACAGUCUAGCUGGCAACUCCUUAGGCUUAUAUCACCAAGAUUUUUAUGUUAAUCUUAGAAUCAAUAUCUGUUAGCUUUCCCUUUCCCAGUCAAAACAAAGAAAUUGCUGAAAUUGCUUUCUAGCUGAGUGCUGCCACAUCGUAUGUGAGAAUUGGACGGUAACAGUGAAAAAGUACUGCAUGAAGAUGGGUGUCUUCGUAUUCCUCAUUUCGCUCAUCUGAUUCAAUGAAAAUAGUAUCAGGAGCAAUAAACAAGUCACAUCUUUUAAUCCUUUCUAUUUUUAAUAAUGAUGCUCAUGACAUGAAAUUGUAGUCUUUAAACUUUGUAUGUUGUUUAUAACCUGAUUAAAAAACGUUUGCUAAAUAUUUUCAUUACAACUUUGAAUGCCCUAGUCAGGAUGAAAGUAAAAGCAGGACAUUUUCAUAAUGUAGAUGAGAGUUUUUUUAAUCACCUUCUUCCAGUGAAAUCACUUUUCUCAUCUGAAAUGAGAAAAUCUGAAUUGGAGAUUAAUUUUUAUAUCUGUAUGUACCUAUAUAUUUUCCACAUAAAACUAGUAGGGCUCGUUUCAGCCUCUACCAGAAGAGCUUUCUGUCAUUGAUAUGCAUGGGCAAAUGUUGUGCUUAGCACAAUAACAAGUACAGUCCUAGUCUGUUUCAUUGCUGAGAAGGCUGGGUUUUGUGGGUAGCUUCUUUUGUUUUGGGGGGGAAGAAAGGCUGCUUUGUAUACAGAUUAUGGAGAAAGAUCCACUGAUGGCUUCUAAGAAUCUUUGGAUUUGGCCAAUUGAGCAUAAUCUGUUGCACUCUAGAGACACCCAAGUUGUGCCUGUUACAUUUAUAGAUGAUUAGGCUCAAGUAUCUGGACUUUGGUUUUGAGAGAGUCGCAGAGACAAUGAAAAGAAAAAAAUGAGGGCUGGGAAAUUCAAGAGUAGUAGUUUAAUUAAUAACACUUUUGGAUUAUUUUUCGGAGAUUUUGUUCCUAGCGGUGUAAGAUGGGAGUGUUUGUUUUGUUUAUUUUUUAAAUAGAUGAGAAAGCUGCUUAUGCUAAUAAAACAGAACUGAACAAGAAAA